AUGGAUCCACGACACAAACUAUACAAAAGCCUCGACAAACUGUCCGUGGACCACCACCAGCAUCCAGCCGACGUCUCCGCACCCCAGGACACGGAAAUGAGUGAGGCCGCUACUGCAUUGCCGCCGGCAAGCGGGGUUACGAUGGAGGCGAUUAAGAGGAAGUUGGAAGAGGGGAUGGAGGCUGUUCAUGUUGAGAUUGAGGAUUUGAGUGGCGGCUGCGGCCAAAUGUACGAAGCCAUCAUCGUAUCCCCCCAAUUCACAAAAAAAACCACCCUCGCACGCCACAGGCUAGUCAACGCAACGCUCAAGCAGGAAAUUGCCGCCAUUCAUGCGUGGACGGCAAAGUGCCAUACGCCUGAGGAGUGGGAAAAGAAGAAGCCGCAGUGA